CGACUCUCCCCCACCUCUCCUUUCUUCUCCUUCGCCGACGAACACAAGGACGAACUUCACUCUCACUUUCCCUCCUCUUUCUCCCUCAUCUCAAUCAUGUCAGAUAAUCAAAGUCCCGAAAGCAAGGCCAGCUCAAAAUUGGAACCUCCCCAGUGUUAAGCUCUUCUCAAAGGGGACGAGCAAUUCACUUCUGUUCUUGAAGAGAUGAUCGUACUUUAAGGAUAUCGCCCAAGAAAGUAGAAGAGAAACAUGGAAUCAGCUGGCUCCGACCUCCCAAACGAAAUUAUAUGCUGUCAGAUACUCCCAAGGGUACCGUCCAAAUCCCUGAUGCGCUUCAAAUGCGUAUGCAAGUCUUGGUCCUCUCUCGUCCGCAACCCUUCCUUUGUCGAUGCUCAUCAAAGCUUCCACCGGAACAAGCUCACUCACCUCCUCCUCACCACUUGGAACAAAGCCACAAGGCAACAACACUUCCUCUCUGCACAAAUCAACCAAGACGGAACUCCAACACCCGCCAUCCACCUUCUAAACCUUCCAAUGGCCAGUGAUCAUCGUCUCUACAAUGCGCAAAGCACCAAUGGCUUGGUCUGCCUUUACCUUUCAAACACCUCAUCUCGUCAUCAUACCCUAGCAUAUCUUGAUCCUCCCAAUUUCAUAUUCAACCCUUGCACCCGAGAGUCUAUUAUUCUACCACAUGCUUCACCUACGUACUGUACAUCCCACGUUACCUAUCACUUUGGAUAUAGUCCUCUUACAAAUGAGUAUAAGGUUCUUCAAGUGCAAACUUUCCGGCCUCACCAUUCAAUUCCAACGGAUAUGACCUUCAUGUUCAAGAUUUUAAAAUUAGGUACUAGUUUAUGGAGGCGCCUAGAGGUAGACCGUAACGAUCUCCCCUUUGAACCUCUCCAGUGUCCGUUUGAAGUGCAAAGUGUGUGCAUCAGUGGGGCCAUGCAUUGGAUGCAUUUGAAAGAAAAGGUUGUAGUGGUUUUUGACAUUGGAGACGAGAAAUUCAGAGUGAUCCCACUUCCUCAAGAUUAUGUCUGUUUUAUACAUCGUAUUGGUUACCCCAUGGGAGAAUCAAUGAGAAAUGUGGUUGAGGUGGGCGGAUGUUUGGCUCUAAUUGGUGACAAGACAUUGGUGAGAUCACAGAAUAUGAUGGCGUUAUGGAUUUUGAAGGACUACGAAAAUCAAGUGUGGAUUAGGGAGGCUAUCACGUUUCCCCUUCGUUGGAGGGCGUUAGGAUGCCCCGUUCCAUUGCGUACCAUUCACAAUGGUGAGCUCCUCCUCCAAUCUACAGAAUUACAUGUGCAUGAACCGCCGGACCAUGUGAGAGUGCAUGUGUACAAUAUGGAGAGUAAAAGCUUUAGGGGAAGUGAAAUUGGCCUGCCCUGGACAUUUCUUAACGAUGCUCGAUUGAAGUUAGUUGUGAGUUAUGAUGAUAACAUUGUGCCCUUACAAUGAGAUGCGAUGGCCUAUUGGAUCGUCUGAAUCAAAUGCCAUACAUUGGUAUGUAUUCUGUUUUGCCUGCUGUUUAAUCUUAUCGAACCUUGUAAUUUUGAUUGGUCUUGAUAUGGCCAUGUAAUGUUCUCUGUAAUUUUAUUUGGGUUGGUUGUUACAAAAAUCUCAAGUGACAUAUAUUUCAGAAG